AUUAGCUGCAUAGGAAAUCUUCUGAAGCUUGAACUUCCCUGCUGCAGAGUGGUUCCUGUGAGCCGGGAGGAGCUGGGCUGAAGCUGCACCCGCCUGCUUUAUGGUAUUUCCCACCUGUGGUCACUUGAUGUUCGUGGGCUGCAGAGCUCUACCUUUCAGACACAGAGGAUGAGCACUGGCUGAAACCAGGCUGUUAGAACUUUGUGUUCAUGAAAUAAACCAGAGGCAGUAGAAGUAACAUUUGCAGACUUUGAUGGAGUCCUUUAUCAUAUUUCAAACCCCAAUGGAGACAAGACAAAAGUGAUGGUCAGUAUUUCUCUGAAGUUCUACAAGGAACUCCAGGAACACGGUGCUGAUGAGGUAUUGAAGAAAGUCUAUGGAAGCUACUUGGUAAAUCCUGAAUCAGGUUACAAUGUCUCUUUGCUCUACGACCUGGAGAACCUCCCUGCAGACAAGGAUGCCAUUGUGCACCAAGCCGGCAUGUUGAAACGCAACUGCUUUGCUUCAGUCUUUGAGAAGUAUUUCAAAUUCCAGGAAGAGGGCAAAGAAGGAGAAAAAAGAGCAGUCAUCCACUACAGGGAUGAUGAGACAAUGUAUGUUGAGGCAAAGAAGGACCGUGUCACGGUUGUGUUCAGCACGGUAUUUAAGGACGACGAUGAUGUGGUGAUUGGAAAGGUGUUUAUGCAGGAGUUCAAGGAGGGUCGCCGGGCCAGUCACACAGCCCCACAGGUACUGUUCAGCCACAGGGAGCCACCCUUGGAGCUGAAAGACACGGACGCAGCCGUUGGAGAUAAUAUUGGCUACAUCACUUUUGUGUUGUUCCCCCGUCAUACCAAUGCUGCAGCCAGAGACAACACCAUAAACCUGAUCCACACAUUCCGGGACUACCUGCACUAUCACAUCAAGUGCUCGAAGGCCUAUAUUCACACACGUAUGAGGGCGAAAACGUCAGAUUUCCUCAAGGUGCUCAACCGUGCCCGUCCAGAUGCAGAGAAGAAAGAAAUGAAAACAAUCACGGGGAAGACAUUCACAACCCGUUAACGCAGAGUCGCCGAGGCUGCCGUGAAGGACGAAGGUUGGGGCACUUGCUACCUGAUAAUCGUAGCUUUUAAUGUUGCACCUCUGUGGGCUCAUAAGGAAUUCAAGCAAUCGGGGUCUGUUUGUACGACAGUUGGGGGAGUAAUCUGCAGAAACGAGCUGUGCUUGCGAGGACUCGAUGGUUCCAAGAAACAAAACUUUAAUUCCAGUUUGAUUGACUUAAUUUCUUUUCUUUUUUAAUUUUUUUUUCUUUUCAAGCUGUUUCGCUUUGCAAUAUGUUACCGGAAGUAAGUUGCAGUAUUUCUUAUGAGAAUAAUGCAAUAUUAACUUGUUUUCUUCUGAGUAUUUGAGUUCAAAACUCCUGUAUCUGAAGAAAUACUGUUGGGGUUCAUUAAUAAAGAAGAUCUUUCUAUCUUAAA